AUGGGGGUGUUUGUUACAUGGGACUGGCCAGGAUCGGAUGGCCUCUCACACAAAGUUGCUUCUGCCGGACCGUUCGCCACUUCUUUUCGGUUUGAAGCCACAAUUCUUGACCUCGAAGACGUUUCCUACCAGCACGCCAGCCACGUAGCUGUUAAAGCUAACCCUAACUCUGCUUCCGGCGAAACCCAUUUCAACCUCAAGAUUGUCUCCCCGAAAUUCGAAGGCCUAAACCUCGUGAAACGGCAUCGUUUGGUCUACGAUGCCUUGGCCGACGAGCUCCAAUCUGGACUCCAUGCCCUUUCUAUCGUCGCCAAGACUCCUCAAGAGCUCGAAUCUCAACCCUUGGCCGACCAGAGUAAGAUCUCAAAGAAAGAUCUGCAAUCUGUCUAG